AUGGCUGCAGUCAUCGCGGCCAACAGACGCGUGAGGGUCAAGAAACUCAACGCAAAAACCCUCCUACCAAUCCUUCGCGAAGAUCAGGUCGACCCGAGCGAAUAUGAGUCUCUCACCACCGAGUCCCAGAUCGCGACUGGCGUCGAGCAGGCCGAGGAAAACGAAGUCCAUCUCCAAGCAGCUCUUAAGGGCAAUGGCGUCGCGGUCACAAACGAGAUCCCGGUGCCACCGCCGCAAAAGAGUGAGGCUAGCUACGACGAGCUGUACCCCAAUACUUACGUAGAGCCGCGAAACUAUCUCAAGUUCUCGGAAACGGUAGAGGACACCCUCGGGACAUUGGGGCCGGAUGCGCCCUACUACAUGACCACCGAGGAUGACGAAUUCCUCAAGACUUACAACACAAAAAAGCCAAAGCGCGACCAGCUCUCGGAGGAUGACUUUGAACUCAUCAUGGAGGUGUUUGAAUACACCUCCAAAGAGCAAGCACCCUUUGCCGCUGUCGACGGCACAGCUGUUGCGUACGAGCCGAUGCUGGUCGAGUUCGAGAGGCUGAAAGGCAUCAUAAACACAAAGGUGAUCCAGGCACACGGAAAGAACACUUACGAGUACUGGAAAGCGCGGCGGGCGGAAGCUGGCAGUAAACCAUUGCAACCACAGCUCAAGUUUGAGACACACCAGGAGCGAGAUGACAUGGACCCGUAUGUCUGCUUUCGGAGACGUGAAGUCCGGCAGACUCGCAAGACAAGAGCUCGCGACAACCAGGUCGCUGAGAAGCUCAAGAAGCUGCGAUCAGAGUUGGAAGACGGUCGGCGCCUCGUCCACUUCGCUCUCCGCCGUGAAGAACUGAAGCGAGACAUGCUCAAGCAAGACCGUGCCGUUUUCGAGAAGCGCGCGUGGUUGAAGCAGGCCAAGGUCCGCCUCAACAUCAAAGGUGAUGAUGAUGACCUCAUCAAUUCCAAGCCGCAGAAACGCCCCCGUACAGAUGCCUCUCAACCUCGUGCUGGACCUCAGACGCAGUUGCGCAUCCAGGUCAGGCCCGAUGGCAAGACUGUGGAGCAGCCUGAUCUCACUCUGCUGUCUGACAAGCUUGCCGAAAAGGAGAACGAGUUGAAGGCAGACAUCGAGACGAAGAUGCAGAACCACAAGAAGUGGAAUCUGAAUCACGUCGACUUGACUGCGAGACCGCUGCCACCACCUCCCCAAGUCGAGCAGGCUGCCGCUUUCAGGCCAGCCAAGACCCAGCAGCUCAUGACUCCUCCUGCUUCUGCUUCUGACUCGAUGGAAAUUGACGAAGCUCCCAAGCCUCAAGCGGUGAAGGAGACGACACCCUUCGUCUUUACUGGCAUACCUUCCGAUUCCGACUCGGAAGAAGAAGAAUCUUAUGCCUUCCGCCGUCGUGUUGGUCGUGGCGGUCGUCUGUGGGUAGACCGCCGGCCUCUCCGUACUGGACUCAAGAGUCCACCAAGAGAGGCGAGUUUUGGCAACAGUGACCAAUGGAAGUAUGACCAGGACGAUGACGAAGAGGGUGAUGUUCCCACGUACGACAUUGACGCGUAUAGUUUGCGCCAGAUGAAGUACAGGUCCAUCAUUCCCAUCCCUCUUCCGCUCUUCUCCCGAAGACAGGUUGAUCCUGCCGCUCUGCAGUCCGCCGCAAACAACAGACAGGCUCUCGCACAAGGCCAGUCGUCUGCGCAACUGAUCGCAGCCAAAGCGCAUGCUGCUCAGGUAGCACAUGGGCAAGCCUCAUCUCCACCGAAAUCCAUCUCCGCUCAAUCUCCUCCGGCGCCGGCCGUCAAGUCAUCCACCUGA